AUGAACAUCGAAGUGCACAACAUCACUUACACCAGUGCCACGGUGUCCUGGGCCAUGAGCAGCCCCUGCCCAGAGAACUACUACCACGUCAUGUACCGCCCCAACUGGAACAGCGUCUUUGCCGGUUACCUGCGGCAGAACUUCCACCGCGAGGAGCGCGUCCCGCACCCCCUCAGCUCCCUGGUGCUGCACCGCCUCACACCAUCCACCAUCUACGUCCUCUGCAUCACCUGCAAGAACUCCUACCCCUCCAGCAACCACUGCACCACCUUCCACACGCUGGACAAAAUCCCCUUGGUUUUCGGCGGCUCCAAGCACGAGCCCACCACGUCCAUGUGGAUGGUGAGCAGCCUCCUGCUCCUCUGCUUCCUCGCCCUCCUGGCCUAUGGCUGCCUGCAGUUCUGGUCUGCAAGGUGCCACUGGGCUGCCAGGCUGAAACACCCCGACAGCAGCCCUGAAGAAGUGGUGGAAGGAAGCAGCUCACCAGAGGAGCCACUGAGUGAUGGACUGAGAGAGGAGCUCCUGGAAGUGCCCAUGACCACUGUGCUAAUGAGGAGCUCCAGUUCUGUGAAAGAGAGCCCGUAUAACUCCCCUCACUGUUUUUUAUCCUAUAAAAACAGUGAUGAUAAAAGGGCCAUCUUGCCACAGCAUGGUCUUCAAUGA